AUGGGGCUUCAGCCUUGAUAACAAGGAACGCCCUGCUAGGACAUUGAGAGAGCACCUGCCGCUGCCUCCUUCCCCUCCUGUCCCAACGCAUGUCAAGAAAUCAAACCCUGUUGGAUCCUUGCUCCAUCUUUACCAAUGUCUUAUGGUGAUACCUUCCUUAAUUUAAUUGCAAAUCUUCCAUUGUUCUGGUCAAGCAACCUUUCCUCAAAGGGAUUACUGAAAAUAAACAAGAGUCCACGAUAACAAAGGGAGAGCUUCUGAACCUCUGAAGAACAUGGGCCAGAGAUUCUGAUCAUGUAGCAGCCCACAGCGAUUAAACUUCAGAUGACCCAGUUAGCCUAGAACGGGCCCAUUUCUCGCGCCCUGGAUUCCUCUCAAAUUGCAGACUCGGCGGCAUUAGUCAUGGAGCUUUGUGGUUUUGCACUCAGCACAUCCUGCGCUGCAGAGUUAAACUAUUGACGUGGGCUGACCAGGCAGGUGUACAUGAGGGUGGCUGGAUCCCAUUGGUUGGACUCUCCAGCUCUAAUGAACCUCUCAGCCUGGUAAUUAAUAUAAUGACACGACUAUCCCCAAAGUAAACAAGGGGGAAAAAAUCAAUGCAAACUAAGGUACACUUUUUAUUGGCAGCUCUGCUUGCCUGUGACUAUUUCUCAGUCCUUCUGAGAGGAAAAGGCUUCGCAGCCCUGGAUAAGGAAUGCCUUUUAUUACUAUUACUACUACUACUACUACUGUUACCCUUACUUGUUUCUAGUUAUGUUUCCCUGGAAGAUGUAGGAUAAGACAGUCUCUCACGACUCCAGUUUUCCUGCUGAAGCUGCCAGUGAUCAAGUGCGAGGAUUAGGAAUUAACGGGGGUCCUUGUCACAAUAGCGGCUCGAUGAGGGGUCCUCGAGAAAAUUUUGUUGGGAACCCCUGGUCUAGGAGGAUUAAAAGCAAACUCUCCUUCCUACCCAGCAGCCAAAGCAUCAUUCAGCCAUGGAUAUCAAAGCAACAGUGCGUCAGAGACCCCAUCCCCAGGAAGCUGGAGAUAAUGAGACUGCUCCCCCCAACCCAGAGGGCUGGAAGAUCAACUACGAGAAGUCGUGGCUACACCGUCAUUGCUCUUCCUUGCUCCUCCGUGACAAGCAGGCCCAGAAGGCUGGGCGGCUUUUCUCAGGACUGAUGGCCAUGAACGUGGUGUUCCUGGGCAGUGCCUUCAUCUGCAGCAUGAUUUUCAACAAGGUGGUCAUUACGCUGGAAGACGUCUGGAUCUUCCUCUCCAUCCUCAAGAUCCUGGCCUUAGGCUGGAUGGCAAGCUAUUUAUUGUUCACCAGGAGGAAGCCACACGCUAUCUUGUAUCGGGAUGCCCAUGCGGGGCCCAUGUGGGUUAAAGGUUCUCUAAUCCUGUUUGGCGCUUGCAGUGUCCUCCUGCACAUGUUCCGGAUUGGGUACAACAUUAUCCAUAUUCAGUGUAAAUCCCAGGUGGCCCUUUUGUUCCCAUCCAUAGGAAUCCUCUUCAUCUGCAUUCAGACUUACUUUAUAUGGUGCCAUGCAAAGGACUGCACCCAGGUUCACCACAACUUCACAAGAUGUGGGCUAAUGCUGACCUUGGCCAUUAACCUCUUGCUGUGGCUCUUAGCAGUGACCGAUGACUCAGUUCACAAGGAAAUUGAAUCAGAACAAAACAAUACCGUGCAGAGAGAUGAAGGCAAUGGGACCAGUUCCUGCAAGUGCUCCAACACAACAGGCUGCAAGGUCUUCCAGAAUGGCUAUAUUUUGCUGUACCCCUUCAACACAGAAUACUGCCUGAUCUGCUGCUCCAUGCUUUAUGUCAUGUGGAAGAACGUGGGCCGGCGCAUAGCUCAGCACCAUAGUACUUGUGCCAAGCCCAGAUUCAAACCCCAUGGGGUCAUUUUUGGGCCGCUGCUGGGCAUCUUCGCAGUGAUCGCUGGCAUCUGCAUUUUCAUGGCGUAUCAGAUCCAAGCCACCAGCUCCUCCCCGAGCCAUCAAGCAUUCAUUCUCUAUUAUUCCUACUACAUCGUUUUGUUGCCUGUGAUGACACUAGGGGCCUUAAUUGGAACCAUCACCCAUGGCUUAGAAGAGAGAGAGCUGGACACACUAAAAAACCCAACACGAAGCCUCGAUGUGAUAUUGCUCAUGGGAGCAGCCUUAGGCCAGAUCGGCAUCUCUUACUUUUCCAUUGUGGCCAUUGUGGCCACAGACCCAACGGAUUUGUUGAACGGCAUCAUCCUCGCCUAUUCGGUGAGCCUCAUCAUUCAGCACAUCACCCAGAACAUCUUCAUUAUUGAGGGGCUCCAUAGACAGCCACUGCCGGUAAAUGAAGGUCGCAGCCAGGCUGAACAUUCCAGAACCUCAACCCAGAGCCCACCCAGUGAACACAUGAUUGCAUCCCCUGGCUGUCAGGAACCUGUCUCAUCCACAGCCAACAAGGAGGCAGAUCCAAAUGAAGGGGAGAAAUGCGGACAUGCUAGCGCCCCAAAAGUUUGCAACCCAGAGAGAAGGCAGGACAUCCGGAAAGCUUCACAGACCUACAUGCAGACCUACAGCCAUUUGAACUGGAAGAGGAAAGCUCUGAAAGAGAUCUCUAGCUUCUUGAUCAUGUGCAACAUCAUAUUGUGGAUCAUGCCAUCUUUUGGAGCACAUCCGGUGUUUGAGAAUGGAAUAGAGAAAUCAUUUUAUGGCUACUCUACCUGGUUUGUUAUUGUUAAUUUCGGGCUUCCGUUGGGUGUGUUCUACAGGAUGCAUUCCGUUGGCGACCUUCUGGAGGUGUACCGAUCUGCUUGAACACAACUCAAGCCUCCAUACAUUGACAGCAGAGUGAAAACCUCACUGAAAUAUUUAUGGAAACCAGUAACUGUUAUGAGAAUAUGACAUUAAAAAGUGGAAAUUGUGGCUACGGUUUAAACAGUUUAUGACACGGGGGGACAGGGACAAAAGCAAAUUUAACCUUCUUGGUACAUACCCUACAAUGUCUUGUAAGAAUGCACAUCCCAUAACAGAUUAUUAUAGAACUGACUCAUUCUAUGUACAUUGCAGUAUAACCUCUAUUUACAAUUAUGCUAAACAACCAUUAAUGAGAAACUGAGCUGGGCCCAACAAUCCCUUGGGAAAAACUGUCACCUUCCAUGAAUAUGUCAAUCCUUUGGGGUGCAAGAACCAGCCUUCAGAGACUGAGAAGCGGGUCCCAGAGGCAUUUUGAAAAGGACAUGGUAAGUGAAUACUCGUGUUAACACCCAUCCACAUCUAAAGAGUUAAGAAACCACAAUGUCUGAAUUUGAUGCAUGUCUGGCAGUUCCAGAGACGCUUCUGGAGUUCUGUUCUUCAUGUUGCCUCAAUGGGGCUUAUAUAGCGCAGGUAGUAACGCUAAGACUGAAACAUAACCUGGUAUCAAGCAGAAAAGGAGCAGGAAAUCUGUAACACCAGUUUUCCAAUAUUGUCUUCAAAGUAACUACUGUAUUUGAGGGAAAGAUG